UCCUCUUCACCCACCACUUUGACACAUUCCCCUCUCUCUCUGCAGUCUUGUGCUCGCAAGCAACAAAGCAAACCCCCAUUUAGCUCUUCCCUCUCUCCCCUUCCUGCUCCAGCAAUCUUCUCUGCCCCCUAACUAAACACUUCCUCCCUAGGAUCUCUCGCCCUGCUCCUCUCUCUGGGAAGCUUCUUUUUCUAGCUGGGCAAGAUGGCGCCCAUGGCGGGCGCGAAGCAUGGGCGGCAUCCUGUGACGGCCCUCCUUGUGGCCGCCUGCUUCUCACAUCUCUUGUUCCAGCCGCUGACUGCCGCCGCCGACGCGGUGGAAGGGAGGGACGCUCGGCGGAACACCGAGCGCAUCUCAGGAAGUGCUGGUGAUGUGCUAGAAGACAAUCCUGUUGGGAAGUUGAAGGUUUUCAUCUAUGAUUUACCAAACAAGUACAACAAGAGGCUUGUCACCAAGGAUCCCCGAUGCCUCAGUCACAUGUUUGCUGCCGAGAUAUUCAUGCACCGUUUCUUGCUCUCCAGUGCAGUGAGGACGGUUAACCCUGAAGAGGCUGAUUGGUUCUACACUCCUGUUUACACUACUUGUGAUCUAACUCGUGCUGGACUUCCGUUACCAUUUAAGUCUCCAAGGAUGAUGAGAAGCGCGAUCCAGUUUAUCUCAAAAAAGUUGCCUUUCUGGAAUAGAACUGAUGGAGGAGAUCACUUCUUUGUUGUUCCACAUGAUUUUGCGGCAUGCUUUCAUUAUCAGGAAGAGAAUGCCAUUGCACGUGGAAUUCUUCCACUGCUACGCCGUGCUACGUUGGUUCAAACAUUUGGACAGAAGAACCAUGUCUGCUUGAAAGAGGGUUCUAUCACGAUACCGCCAUUUGCACCACCACAGAAAAUGCAGGCUCACUUGAUUCCUCCCGAUACUGCCCGUUCAAUCUUUGUUUACUUCAGGGGAUUGUUCUAUGACAAUGGGAAUGACCCCGAGGGUGGGUAUUAUGCAAGAGGUGCUCGAGCUUCAUUGUGGGAGAACUUCAAAAACAAUGCUCUCUUUGACAUCUCCACAGAACACCCUGCCACCUACUAUGAAGAUAUGCAGCGCUCAGUCUUCUGCCUCUGUCCUUUGGGGUGGGCACCAUGGAGCCCUAGGCUGGUGGAGGCUGUGGUUUAUGGAUGCAUUCCAGUCAUCAUAGCUGAUGACAUUGUGCUUCCUUUUGCCGACGCAAUCCCUUGGGACGAAAUUGGUGUUUUUGUUGACGAGGAAGAUGUUCCAAAGCUAGAUUCAAUUCUAACGUCUAUUCCAAUUGAUGAUAUCCUAAGGAAGCAAAGAUUGCUUGCCAAUCCAUCAAUGAAGAAGGCCAUGUUGUUCCGGCAGCCAGCGCAACCCAGAGACGCAUUCCAUCAGAUUCUAAACGGCCUUGCUCGCAAACUCCCACACCCAGAGAGUGUAUACUUACAGCCUGGUGAGAAGCAUCUCAACUGGACAGCCGGGCCUGUUGGAGACCUGAAGCCUUGGUAACACAGAAUCUUCCUUGCAAGACUUGGCUUUGAUGACCUUGUGAUGUUCUGUUUUUUUGUACCUUUCUCGUAGAAGUUUUAAGAUCCAUAGAGUUCUAUGGUAUUUAACUGUGUUGUAUAUUCUCUGAUAUCACUGAGAAGACUGAACUAAAAAGAAUGCAGAUUUUACCGGACCAGAACCGAUUGUAACUUUGUAAUUAUAUAAAGAAUUAAAGAAAUGAAAUGACCAUACUUGUCAACCUAA